GGGGCGGAGCCUGCCCAGCGUGAGCCGGGACGCGCGGUACGAUUGCCUCGGAGAAAGGAAAGCGCUCCAGUUCCGGGUCAGACCCUCCUCCCGCCUCCGUUGGCCUGAACCAUGGCGAGUAGCGGCGCUGGGGCAUCGGCGGGGGCUGCGACAGCGAAUCUGAAUGCGGUGAGGGAGACCAUGGACGUUCUGCUUGAGAUUUCAAGAAUUUUAAAUACUGGCUUAGAUAUGGAGACUCUGUCUAUUUGUGUACGGCUUUGUGAACAAGGAAUUAACCCAGAAGCGUUAUCGUCAGUUAUAAAGGAACUUCGAAAGGCUACUGAAGCACUAAAGGCUGCUGAAAAUAUGACAAGCUGACUUUCUGGAAAAAUCCUGAUAAGAUGUGAAGCACUGCAAGAGGACUUGAAGAUCACAUCGUAGUUGAGAAUGUGCAAUGAAAUUACUAUGUGCAGCAGUAUAGCAACAUUUUCCUUUUUAAAAUAAUUAUAAAACUGUAGCUUUAUAAAUCAGUGAAAAGUGGCUUACAGAGAGAACUAUCAGAUGUGUUUACAUCACAUCUUACUUUUUUAAACGGCUCGAAUGCUUUGGCAUUAUUACAGUGUUGAUAUUUAUGUAUUCCUUAUUUGUAGAGCUGAUAGCUUUAAUUUUCUAAGCGGUCUGUCCCUCAGAUGUGCACAUCUGCUGUGCCCGUUUGAAGUAGAAUGGACGCAUUAGUAGUAAUGGAGUAGUUACGACUUGCUGACAUUUUCAUUAUAAACUUUAAUUUUAAAUUGUUUAUGCAGAAUAACUGGAUUUUAUGUUGCAUUGGACUCAAGGUUGACAGAAUUUCAACCACCAUUUGUGAAUUUUGAUUUAGAUUCAUUAUGUACAUCAGAAUCUUGGUUUUUUUCCCCAGAGCACAAAAAAGUUGUUACAAUAUAUAAAGAAUAUUUAGUUUUUAAAUGUGAAGUUUGGCAGUUGAUAGUGUGAACCAGAUCAAUUUUGUAUUGGUUGAAAAAGAAAACUUUUAAAAACAUGGAUUUUAAAAGUAAUGAUAGUACUUAGCUUAGUAUUAUUUGUCAUUUGAAUCAUUUAAUGAGAAUGUUAAUCGAGAAUGUUUUUUCCUCUUAGUUUUAUACUCUGUAAAUGAUGGCCUAAAAAAUAAUGCCUGAUGAAACAUUUUCAACAUACAAAAGUCUUUUUAUUUUUAUCAUGUAAAAAUAAUUUGAGUACUUACCUAAUAUAUCUUGAAUGGUUAGUAGUUAUCUAAUCACUAUAAUGGAAGUGUCAUUCAGCAAAUAUGUUACUAUUUUCUGGAGGAAUAAAGAUUUUCAGUCAUUAAACAAAACCUAAGUAAUCAAAGGGUCCGUAAUGUCUUUCUAAAAUCAUUUUUGUGUCAUUAUUUUUAUUCUAAAAGUUUUAACUAAUUGAAAUUUUCUUCAAAACAUUGAUCCUGUUUCUAUAACAGAAUCUUAAUGUAAUAUUUUUCACAAAACUAAUAAUACAAAUUUAAUCUGGUUUUAUCUUAGACUUUGUUAGCUUCCAUUUAAAUGAUUGUAUAUUUACUCUUUAGUAGCAUUAUUUUUUUGUUCUUCAGAAAAACCAAAGGGAUUUUAGUAAAGCUUAGUAAUAAUUAAAUGGCAACCUUCUGUAGUGUGUUAAAAAUCUAGUCUGUUAAUCAUUUUGACUUUUUGUUUUGUAUUGAUUUUUUUAGAGAGAAACAUCGAUUUGUCGUUCCACUUGCUUUUGCAUUCAUUGCUUGUUUCUUGUAUGUACCCUGACCAGGGAUCAAACCUACAACUUGGCAUAUCGUAACAAUGCUCUAACCAACUGAGCAUCCUGGCCAGGAUGACCAUUUUGAUUUUUUUAAAUGGAUAGCAUCUUUACCAAGUGCCACGGAAAGUCUAUUAUUGGGAGAGUUGAUUGGGAUACAAUAAGAACUUGAGAUGAUAAGUCAUUUAUUUGCUGAUAAAUACUGCAAAUGCUGCAUGUUCUUAUUUAUAAAAUCAUAGAACACUCAAGUUCCAAAACUUGUAUAUACUUUAUAGAUUAUUAGAGUUAAUGGUUUAAUUAUUUAUGACUGUAGGUUAUUUAUGUAUGAAAGCAGGAAAAUAUAUUGAGGAGUUUUGUUUACAGAGGACUUCUUUAGUAUGUUACAGUUCUUAAAUAUAAACAUAUUUUUAAUGCAUACCUAAGUAAUAUUUAAAGAAGCCAAAGUAAUGAUACAAUCACAGUGUUGUGCAUGUUGACAGUGACAAAAAUAAAACUAUUUGGGUGAUA